AAGUUUCAUGUCAUUUUAGAUGACUUUUGAGUAAUUUUGCACAAUUUUUGAGUUAUUUUGGAAAAUUUUUAAUCAUUUAGAACACAAGUAUAUCCGGCCCGCGAGAUAAAAAGACAUUUUUGAAAACGUAUGUCCAAGUGUAACCGACAUGAAACCGCCCUGGGACAAAGCUCUUGGACUUACAGCAGAUUAGGUUGAUGUUCUCACUGUAUGCGAGGCUCCUCCUGGCUCUUUGUGUUUCCCGGCAGACUCAGUGCUGCCGUCUGCUUUCUAUUUUCUCCUCUCGGUGUUUCUGCAGCUGCCGUCCGUCGAUCAUUCGGGAUUCUGGCAGAAGGUCGAUGAGCAGAAGGACUUCAGUCGGCCAUGGAGCUUCAACGGGCAGCACUGGUCGCCUCGUUCCUGCUCACUCUGCUGUCAUCGGCGUGCUGGUGCAGGAACGAGGAGGAGCGUCUGAUCAACUACCUGAUGAAAGAGAAGGGCUACAACAAAGAGCUGCGACCGGUGGAGAGGCAGCAGGAUGCCGUGGACGUCUACCUCGCCCUCACGCUCUCCAACCUCAUCUCUCUGAAAGAAGUUGAUGAGACGCUGCUGACAAACGUUUGGAUAGAUCACACGUGGAUUGACUACAGAUUAUCGUGGAAUUCGACGGAGUUCGACGGCAUCGAGGCGCUUCGUCUGCCAACCACCAUGCUGUGGCUGCCAGAGAUAGUGCUGGAAAACAAUAACGACGCCCAGUUCCAGGUGGCCUACUACAGUAACGUACUGGUGUUUCCCGAUGGUCUCUGCUACUGGUUGCCCCCCGCCAUCUUCCGCUCGUCCUGCUCCAUCAACGUCAACUACUUCCCCUUCGACUGGCAGAACUGCACGCUCAAAUUCACCUCUCUGACCUACAACGCCAAAGAGAUCCGGAUGCUGCUGAAGGAAGAUGAAGGCGCGACGGUGGAGUGGAUCAUCAUCGACCCUGCCGGCUUCACCGAGAACGGCGAGUGGGAGAUCAUCCACCGUCCGGCCAAGAGAAACACCUACAAGCACAUUCCCAUGGAGAGCAACAAGCACCAGGACAUCACCUUCUACCUGAUCAUCAAGCGCAAACCUCUGUUCUACAUCGUCAACAUCAUCAUCCCCUGCGUGCUCAUCUCCUUCCUGGCUUGUCUCGUCUACUACCUGCCCGCCGACAGUGGUGAGAAGAUGACUCUGUCCAUCUCGGUUCUACUGGCUCAGUCCGUCUUCCUGCUGCUGAUUUCUCAACGGCUGCCGGAAACGUCCAUGUCGGUUCCGCUCAUUGUCAAGUACUUGAUGUUCAUCAUGGUGCUGGUUACGGUGGUUGUGUUGAACUGUGUGGUCGUCCUCAACCUGCACUUCAGGACGCCGAGCACACACGUCAUGUCUGAGUGGACCAAGAAGUUUUUCCUCGAGCGUCUUCCUCGGAUCCUGCGCAUGUCCCGCCCCGCGGAGGCGGAGCCAUACUGGGACGGAGCGUUGCCACGGCGAUCCAGCUCGGUGGGCUACAUCGCCUCGGCGGAGGAAUACUACAGCGUCAAGUCCCGCAGCGAGCUGAUGUUCGAGAAGCAGUCGCAGAGGCACGGACUGACGACCAGGACCACCCACGCUGCAGUGGUGAAGCCGCAGGAGGACGGAGGAGUGACGGACCAACUGUACGCCGAGAUCAAACCGGCUGUGGACGGAGCAAACUACAUCAUCAAACACAUGCGCAACAAGAACGACUACAAUGAGGAGAAGGACAACUGGAGCGGCAUCGCCCGGACGGUGGACCGACUCUGCCUCUUCCUGGUGACUCCGGUGAUGACCUUCGGCACCAUCAUCAUCUUCCUGAUGGGAAUCUGCAACCACCCUCCACACCUGCCCUUCAAAGGAGACCCACACGACUACUCGGACACGAACCCCCGGCUGCUGUAACACUUUACGCUGCAGAUGCUGGUGUCCGUCCAGAGGUUUGCUGCCGUUUUAUUAUUUAACUCGAUGACUUUUCCAGGUUCGUGCAGCAGCCGAGUGUUUCUUUCAUUUGAAGUGAAUAAUCUGGGAUCUUAUCUGUUUGGUUUUGUUUGUGUGGUUUGAAUAAACUUUGACUUUCUGACA